GAAGUGACGUCAAACACAAACAAAUCCUGUCAGAGUCGUGUGACUGUGAUUCUAUAUACAUGUUGAAAUAAAACUGUGACACAGUGGUUAGAAAUCACUUUAAAGGCAUUAGACAAAAUGUUUAGCAGUAGUGCAAAUUACAACAAACUGAAAACCAAUCUACGAUUGGUGAUAAAUCGCUUAAAACUACUUGAAAAGAAAAAGACCGAACUUGCUGCCAAAGCCAGAAAAGAAAUAGCUGAUUACAUUUCAGGAGCAAAAGAUGAUAGAGCAAGGAUAAGGGUAGAACAUAUUGUUCGAGAAGAUUACCUGGUUGAAGCUAUGGAACUCCUAGAAAUGUACUGUGACCUUCUGUUGGCACGAUUUGGUCUAAUCCAAACACAAAAAGAACUAGAUCCUGGUUUGGAAGAGCCAAUAGCAACACUAAUCUGGGCAACCCCAAGAUUACAAGCAGAUGUUCCAGAAUUAAAAAUUGUUGCUGACCAGCUAUCAGCUAAAUAUGGCAAAGAGUUUGCUCAGAGUUGUAGAACAAAUGAACUGAACAAUGUUAAUGAAAAAGUGAUGCAUAAAUUAGGAGUUCAAGCACCACCCAAGAUUUUGAUAGAAAGAUACAUGAUUGAAAUAGCCAAGACAUAUAAUGUACCAUUUGAACCUGACCCCUCAGUAAUGGCUCAAGAUGAAAUAUUUGCCGCAGAGAACUUGUUGAUUGAUUUGGAUGAGAAGAAAGGAGGAGGCGGUGGUGGUGGGGGAGGAGGGGGAGGAGGUGGCAUGGGUGUGCCACAGAUACAACCAUCAGCAUCAGCACCUUAUCCACCAAGAGUCACACAAGAUCCUGCCUAUCCUCCUCCACCAGGUGGAGGAUAUCCACCUCAACAGCAUAAUCAACCAGGUGGAUUUCCACCACCAGUUCCUCAGUCAGGACCAAUUGGACCAGGGGGUUUUGUGGACCCAGGAGCAGUACCACCUAAACCAUCCUAUGACGAUUGGUUAGGUGAAGAUCCAAAGAAGCAGGUCCAUAGUGCACCCAGUGGACCCCCACCUAAUGUAGGCUUCAAUUUACCAGAUCUACCAACAGUACCUAAUAAUACAUUACCCGACCCUGGUAAUUCUGUGGGGACAUCAUCAGCAGGUGGAGAGGACAUUGACUUUGAUGAUUUAACAAAAAGAUUUGAAAAACUGAAGAAAAAGAAGUGA